CUACAACAGCAAACAUGUAAAAGGUGAGGUGGCUUGAUGAACUGUGGAAUUUAGUCAUGUGAAAAUUGAAACAAAUUGUGCAAAAUGGAAACUGUGACUCCUGAAAGCAACUCGGCAGUUAUUGAAAACAACAGAGAAACAACAAAAGAACUCUUAGUCAAAGAAGACAAUUGUGUUGAAGAUAAUGGCAUGGAGAAAGAGAAUUAUGCCAGUCCUGAAGUUGAAGAAAAAUUAAAAGAAGAAAAAGGUCUUCCAAAAUCAGCAGUGAAGAAGGAAGUUGGACAAAGACUUAGUCAAGGUCUUCUGUCAUUGUAUUUAUUGGAUCUGCAAAAAGUGGCAAGCAAUCUCACAGAGUUGUCAAAAAAUCAGAAUAUUCUUAUUGAAACUAUUCAACAGGAAAACACUCGAUUUUCUGAAGCUUUAAGUACUUAUUCUUUGGAAAAUGUGUUGACCAGAACCAAACAUUACCAGACAAAACUAAUGAACAUCAAGAAAGAAAUGACAGUUCUCUAUGACAGGUCAGCAAAAUUAAAGAAACAAGCACUCAGGCUUCAAGAACAGAAACAGAAAGAGGCACUGCAGCGUGAGCAGCUUCGGGAAGAAGAACUGGAACGAGAACGACAGCUCACUGCUAAAGUAGCAAGUAAAUCAUGAUGACUUGUUUUGUGGUCGUAGAAUUAAAAUGUCAAAUGAAGUAAAUUUGGUUGCACAGAAUGUUUCCUCAUUGGUGCAUGAGAAAUGACUGUGAAUCAGUGUACUUUUUGAUUAUCCAUUUAUCAAAAAGGAUGGGCAAUUAGAAGGACUUGGUUUUUUAGAU